CUUAGUUUGUCAAAGGCACUUUGAAGGUUACAAACAACCGGACGAAUUUAAAGUAGUACGGUGUCAAGCUGUUUCAGGUUUCCUACUUUAACAAUCUGUCAUAACUCUCGAUAUCAGUCAACCUUUCAUCUUAAUUAUAGGUUGUCCACUCGUUUAAUAAACGGCAUCACAACUAGUCGUGGAUUUACAACAUACUUGAAAUCCCCAAAUCGCUGAAAAACAAUGGUAUCUGAAGAUGAUUUGUGUAAAUUGGAUGGGGUGUCAGCUGCAGAGCUUUUUAAGCCUGAACUUGGUUUGACUUACAAUGAUAUAAUCAUUCUUCCUGGAUACGUUGGAUUUGGUACCGAUGAAGUCGACAUUACUAGCAGGAUAUCUAAACAAAUUACUUUGAAGGUUCCAUUUGCAUCUUCUCCCAUGGACACAGUAACAGAAGCAAAAAUGGCUAUUGCAAUGGGUCUUUCCGGUUCAAUAGGGUUCGUUCAUCAUAACUGCCCCAUAGACUACCAAGCGAAUGAAGUGAAAAAAGUUAAGAAAUAUAAACAAGGUUUCAUCUUAUCUCCGAUUGUCGUUUCACCAAAACAGCCAAUAAGUGAUAUUCUUAGUAUAAAGAAGCAGUAUGGAUUUAGCGGGAUUCCUGUAACUGUAGACGGUUGUGUAGGCAGUCGUCUUGUUGGUUUAGUCACUUUACGUGAUAUGGAUUUUUUGGAUCCUAAUGAUUAUACAACAACUGUUGAGAAGGUAAUGACCCCUUUUGAUGAGCUUGUUACAGCUUUCUCUGGUGUCACUUUGACUGAAGCCAAUGAUAUUCUUCGGAAAAGUAAAAGAGGUAAACUGCCAAUCAUCAAUGAAAACCGUGAAUUGGUGUCAUUGAUUGCACGAACUGAUUUGAAAAAGAAUCGGGAUUAUCCUUUGGCGUCCAAAGAUUCAGAAAAUCAGCUUAUUGUAGGCGCGGCAGUUUCCACACAGAAGGGGUCUUUCACUCGUGUUGAGGCAUUAGUUAACGCUGGAGUCGAUGCACUUAUUGUUGAUUCAUCUCAAGGGAAUAGCAUCUAUCAGCUGGAUAUGAUCAAGCGUAUCAAAUCUUCAUAUCCCAAUUUACAAGUAAUCGGAGGCAAUAUUGUUACUUGUGCUCAAGCAAAAAACCUAAUCGAUGCGGGCGCUGAUGGUUUGCGUGUUGGAAUGGGUAGUGGGUCAAUUUGUAUUACUCAAGAAGUUACAGCUAUUGGAAGAUCACAGGCUAAAGCUGUUUAUAAGGUAUCUGAAUAUGCUCAUAAGUACGAUAUUCCUGUGAUUGCUGACGGAGGGAUUCAAAAUGCUGGGCAUAUUGUUAAAGCUUUGAGUUUUGGUGCAUCUGCAGUUAUGAUGGGUGGACUUUUAGCUGGAACAACUGAGUCACCUGGAGAAUAUGUAUUUUCGGAUGGUAUAAGACUGAAAAAGUACAGAGGCAUGGGAAGUCUGGAGGCAAUGUCUCAGCAUACAGAAAGUCAGGCUAGAUAUUUCAGUGAAUCGGAUCGUGUUAAAGUAGCUCAGGGUGUUUCAGGAACUAUUGUAGACCGAGGAUCUGUACACCAACUUGUACCCUACCUAGUCGCUGGUGUUAAACAUGGAUUACAACAAAUUGGUGCAAGAAAUUUAACUGAAUUGUAUGAAAUGUCACGAAAUGGGAAAUUACGCUUUGAAUAUCGAAGUCCGUCUGCUCAAAUUGAAGGUGGAGUGCACAGUUUACAUUCGUAUGAAAAACGUUUGUUCUAAUUCCACUGGUUCACCAGUCUGCAGUAAACGAUCAUCACAUCGCUUGUCAAUAUAUUCUGAU